CGCAUGGAGAGAGAGAGAGGGGGGGGAUGAUGCGGUCAGAGGUUAAUCGCGCGCCGUGUCAGCUGUGACACCCUCAUGAAGAGCCACGGAUGACCCUUCUGCCGUGCACUGUACAUGGCGCGCGGAGUCCUCUUGCGAAUCAGCACGGACGGGAGGCAGAAGCGGCAGCGGCAGCAGCAGCAGUAGCAGCAGAAGCGUGCGGCACCCACCUCCGCUGCGUGCAUCGAGAGAGAGGAGGCGCGUGCGUGCGAGUGAGCGAGGAGAGACAGAGAGACGCACGCACGCACGCACUCGUAGCGUGUCAGACGGAGAGAGGAGGAGGAGGAAGAAGACGCAAGGGCAAUCGGGUGGCCGGGAGACGUCGUCGAGACGCGAUGAGACAAAUAUAGCGUGCGAAGUACACACCGUUCAUUCCCUCUUCCCCGACGCGCGUUCCGCAAAAGACUCCGCUAUGAGUGUGGAGAGCGAGGCGGAUGUGCGGACCUCCGCAGAGGGCGCCCGCCAAGCCUUCCUGCAGGACCCCACGGGCCCGCAGCAGAGGGGCAGCCGCUGCCCCCGCGGCUUCUGGAGCGGCGUGGCGGUGGCGGCAGCGGCCGGGUCCAGCGCCUCGUCCUCGCUGGCUCCGGCCAAGUCGCAGAAGCUGAAGCUGCAGCGCGGAAGCUCCCUGCUGCGGACGCAGGCGGACGAGGAGACGGUGAAGCGGUCGCGCAACCACGCCGGGGCCUACGAGCUGUCGGCGGACCUGCAGGACAAGCAGGUGGAAAUGCUGGAGCGGAAAUACGGCGGGCGGUUCGCAACCCACCGCGCUGCCUGCACCAUCCAGGCCGCGUACCGGCAGUACCAGAUGAACCGGAACUUUGAGCGUCUGCGCAGCUCCAUCUCGGAGAGCCGCCUCCCGCGCCGCAUCGCGCUGGGCGGCGUGCACUCGCAGAUCCCCUACGAGGUUUCCGACCGCUCCCUGCCGCCGCCGUGCCACCACGACCGGAUGCGCCCGCCCUUCUACAGCAGCAAGGGGAUGAUGGAUCCCGGCUUGGCGCACGCCAUGCCCCCGGGCGCCGCCGGCGACUUUGCGGAAGGCAUCACGGACCUGGAGAGCGCCUUCUCCAAGCAGGUGCGCUCCCUGGCCGAGACCAUCGACGACGCGCUGCUCGGCGGCCGGGGCUCGGAGGCGGACGGCGCGGCCCGGGGCGAGUACGGCGGGGUCCUCGAUCCCGCGACGCAGAGGAUGGCCGGCGGCGGCGGACGGAUGCUGAGCGGCGACGAGCUGGGCACCAUCGUCUACCCGCCGCCGUCGCCCUACGACGCCGUGACGCUGUACAUCGACGACGAGUCGGGCGUCGGCGGGGAGGCCGCCGGGCUCCUCCAGCCGCCGGGCGGCCAGGAAACGAGGGCCUACUGCGACCUCGUCCGCUGCACCUCGGAGCGCGACGACGGCGGCGGCGAAGGCGGCAACGGCGGCGGCGGCGGCGGGAGGCUCUUUGUCCCGGCGGACAACCAGCGGCGCGUGUCCUGUCCGGAUUGCCGCGACCCGACCAAGCCGUGCGGACAGCCGCCGCUCCUGACGGUCGAGCAAGCCGCGGAGGUGGCGGCGGACCCCUCGGUGGGCCACAGGGUGGCCAAGCGGGCGGUCUCGGGCCGUGGGCAUCCCGCGCUGCUGGGCAGGGCCGGUGGGGGGAGGCUCGACGGGCACCUGGGCAUCAACGGAGGCGGAGGGGGCGGGGUGGGAGCGGGAGGGAGCGGCGCAGGCCGGCCCCCAAAGUCGGAGUCGGACGCCUCGGACGGAGACAACGACAGCGUGAAUAGUACGUCCAACUCGAACGACACGGUGAACUGCAGCUCGGAGUCGUCGCGGGACAGCCUGCGCGACACGGUGCACAGCAAGCCGAGCUACCACAAGGAGACGUGCAACAGCUGGGACUCGCCCGCCUUCACCAACGACGUCAUCCGCAAGCGCCUCUACCGCAUCGGGCUCAACCUUUUCAACAAAAAGGCGGAGAAGGGCCUCCAGUUCCUGAUGGAGCGUGGGUUUAUCCCCGACACGCCGUACGGAGUCGCCCAGUUCCUGCUGCAGAGGAAGGGCCUCAGUCGGCAGAUGAUCGGAGACUUUCUCGGCAACCGCCAAAAGCAGUUUAACCGGGAUGUCCUCGACUGCGUGGUGGAGGAGAUGGAUUUUGCGGGCAUGGAUAUUGAUGAGGCCCUGCGGAAGUUCCAGGGACAAGUUCGAGUCCAGGGCGAGGCCCAGAAGGUGGAGAGGAUGAUUGAAGCCUUCAGCCAGCGCUACUGCGUUUGCAACUCGGUGCUGCUGCGGCAGUUCCGCAACCCGGACACGAUCUUCAUCCUCGCCUUCGCCAUCAUCUUGCUCAACACCGACCGCUACAGCCCCAACGUGAAGGCGGAGCGCAAGAUGAAGCUCGAGGACUUCAUUAAGAACCUCCGCGGCGUGGACGAUGGCAAGGACAUUCCACGGGAGAUGCUGCUCAGCAUCUACGACCGCAUCUCCAAGAAGGAGCUCAAGACCAACGAGGACCACGUGUCACAGGUGGCCAAGGUGGAGAAGUCCAUUGUGGGCAAAAAGCCGGUCUUGGCAUUGCCCCAUCGUAGGCUGGUCUGCUACUGUCGCCUUUUCGAGGUGCCCGACACCAACCGGCCGCAGAAACUCGGCCUUCACCAGCGGGAGAUUUUCCUCUUCAACGACUUCCUCGUGGUGACCAAAAUCUUCCAGAAAAAGAAGAAUUCAGUGACCUACAGUUUCCGGCAAUCCUUCUCUCUGUACGGGAUGCAAGUCCUCCUCUUUGAGAAUCAGUAUUACCCUAACGGAAUUAAAAUUGUCUCCGCCGUCCCUGGUGCUGACACCAAGGUGCUGAUGGUUUUCAAUGCUCCCAACCCAACCGACCGCAAGAAGUUUGUCGAUGACCUCCGCGAAUCGAUCGCGGAGGUGCAAGAAAUGGAAAAGAUCCGCAUUGAGUCUGAGCUGGACAAGCAGAAGGGCAUAGUGCGGCCGCCGCCGCCGUCUCAGGGUCCCAGCGCCGUCAAGGAGCCGCCGGCCAACGGCAGCGUGCCGCGAGCGAGUCUGGACGACAGCUACGCUUCCAGCGAGGUGCUGAAGAGGAGCGCGCUGAGCAGCUCUUUGCGAGAUCUCUCGGAAGCAGGAAAGAGAGGCAGACGGAGCAGUGCAGGAUCCCUGGACAGCACAAUGGAGGGUUCAAUGAUGGGCAGCCCUCACAUGCGCAAGCGGGUGGCUGCCACAGCGGACGAGACGCCGACCUCGGCCACGUUGACUCAGCCCAUCUCCAGCUCCAGCUCCUUCCUGGGCUCGCUCUUCAGCAGCAUGAGGGGCAAGGGCGCCGCCGCGGGGGGCCCUCCCGCGGGGGGCACGCGAGCCCCCUCCGCGGGGGUCUCCACCGUGCAGGCCCUAGCGCAUGCAGCGGGCGACCCAUACUACCCGGCGCCAGCUACCGCCGCGUCUCUGCCUCCUCCUCAACCCCAGCUGCCACCGCCGCCGCCGCCGCCACCGCACGCACACGCGCACCACACGUGCUCGCACCCGCACCUGCACCCGUGCCAGCACGCCGCGCUGGGGCACGUCCACCUGCACACCGCGCACUCCGCGCCACCGCCGCACACCACGCCCGGCACUCCGCCGCAGGUGCCCGCCGUGCCCAAAGCCAAGGCGCCGUCGGGCAGCAUCAGCACCGACGUGUGAGAAGGUUCGGGGGGGGCUGGUGGGCUGGGGUUGGGGCGAGGCAGGCUGGCGAUUUGUCGAGAGAUGAACACGCAGAUGCAAUGUUUCGGCAGCGUCGGGUUCAUUUUCUUUGGGGGUGGAGGUAGGGGGGGGGGAGUUAAAUUAAUGCUGCCGAUUAUAACCAAAUCACCAAGAAUGCACAAUUUUCUCGUCAGAUCUCGGAAGCCAAAUGGUGUUGAGCCACCAAUGGUGCUCAGAUGGAUGACCCCUCGCCCCAAAGAAAGUUGCGAUCAGCGUUGGGUGCAGUAGAGGCCAGUGCAGAAAACAAAACCGAUUAUUCUGUACUUCCCCCUAUCUCCACAUCCACACUGACCAGCCAGUUUGAGUUUGGUCAAAUGCCCUUCGUGGCUCAUGAAGCUCGUGGGGAAAUCCCUCAUCCAUCACUGGAUUGACAAAGCAAGGGGCGGACGUCCACCGAACAGUGGCAGCUUUAGUGAGAAAUCUCAAAAACAAGAAUACAAUGCCGAGCUUACUGAUUCCUGCAGAGGAGCGCGCCAGGUGUAUGCAUGCCGUCACGUCUUGUCACGUCGCUGGCAAUGUACGAACGCUCGGUCACACCCGCUUACCUUGCCGUGACCUGGCCACACCGAUUUUUGGGAGCGGGGGGGUGGUCUGUGUUAUAUAUAUUUUUCGACAACCCUCUGCGAUGUCUCGAAGUGCAAAAGCCGAGGCGAUGAUGUCCACUUGCGGCCGUGGGGAAAGCCACGUGGGAACAGCGCCGAUGCAUUAAAUAACAGACGACCUCGUAGCAAUGGGUAAGCGGUCCAUCCGCAACCGCAAAUGUUACGAAUUACACAGCCCGUCACGUUUCUUUUUGUUCGUUAACCCUUUACCCCUUAUCGGCGUUGCCCGGGCGGGCACUCGAGUGCUGUGGCUGCGGCUACGUAGCGGUGACAGGGUGUGGUUAUUCCAAGGCCGAGGGAGAGCUAGCUAUGCACAUGCUUGCACAAGUUGCCAGCGAUGUGUUUCCCAGCACAUGGCAAUAUUAUGCAGACCCACAAGAGUUUUACGGUAGAGUGAGGAACGGCGGUUGUACGUGCGUUGUAUGUUGGAGAUGAUCGAAAAAAAGGAAGCCCGCCUGCAGACUGCCCCAGCGCCCCCCCCCUCUCCAAUCGUUGUUGUUAUUGUGCACGUUUGUGGAUGAGAAUGGUGAUCACGAUUGGUGGUAACCAGCUUCCCACCUUGCUGCAGUAGACACAGGGGCUGUGCCAUGUUUGUUAAUCUCUGAGUAUACCACAGAUGAGGACCACGGUUGUGAAAUUUUAAGAUGUUUGAAAAAAAAAGACCCACAUCAAAAUGAAUGGCCAACAGCUCUUGAAUGUAAGUUAAUAACUGCAGGUGUUGACUGUUCCUCUUUUUCAGAGUUUAGCCAUCAUGAGCUGUGACUCGAUUACCGAACAUCAAUCAAUUGAGGUUGUGCCACUCUGCCGACCUUAAUGAUCAGAAUCAGAAUAUUUAUUUAUACUGGAAGAAAUCCGAUGAGCUAUGAAACGCUUUUUCACACAUGCCCGGCAGUGACUUCACUUUGGUUACCAAACAUUCAAAAUUUAUUACUGUAUAUGAUCUUUGACAACAAAAAACAAACAACACACGUGUACAUUGAACCUUGCAUUUUAUUGUGAAUUAUGUAAAUAGGCAAACAUCAGAAACUGACUUGAUCACUUCACGCUGUGGGUACUGAAAAGUGUGAGUGUUGCGAAUUGGGGAUAUUGGCGAACCCAAGUACCCGGUGGUUACUUUCUCAAAGAUCGACAAAGAAAACCUGCCAGUGUUGUUCCGUUCGUCCAGUAGUUCUUAAAAUGAGCAGUUUGGUGGUGAUCGAUUCCGACGGUGGAAAUGACGGUGAUUGAUUGUGGUUGUGACGGUGACGGGCUGGCGGCGAAGGAGGAGCUCAAGCUUAAGGACAAUCUGCUGUUGGCAAAUGUUCCAGUUGAAGCUAUUUAAGAGGCUGGUAUUCUAACAUGCAAAAAACGCAUUCAGUUGUACUGUAGUAUUAAGAAUGUGGACCUCAGCAGGCUGAGUCAAAGCUGACAAAUCUGUGCAUUGUACAAAAAUCGCUUUCAUCAAUAGACAUUCAGCAUCGUUAAGCAGUUAAAUACCUGUAAGGCAUGUCAGGAAAGAGAAGACAUUGCAUACCAGCAUCCUUUUUUUAAGUUUCAAAUUCAGUGAUUGUCAAUGUUUGACUCGAAAUGAUUGUACAUUGUAGACAAAUAGCCUUCGAUAUAUAAACACGUUAUGUGCUUCGUAAUCCCCAACCGUAGAACUGCCGAUUUUUGCUACAGGUUACACAGUACAUGCACUCGUCGACUUAAUAUUGUGAUGUGCUAAUGAGGUGAAGACCUUAUUGUUGCUUGAAUGUGCAAUAUCUAUCCCCUAGAAUACGUGUUGAAUCCACAUGCCGAUAUGUGCUUUUAUGAUACUGUAUUCGUAAAUAACGGCCGGUGUUUUGUUAGCAUAAUCACUCUGCUCACUUGAUGAUGGCUUGAAUGACAUUUUUUUGACCCAAAGGCAGAAGUGUUAUUUAAAAAUGAAAAGUAUAUAGAAUAUAUUAUAAAAAAAAACUAUAUAAAAAAAAAGCUGCAUGCUUGAUCAAAGUUUGCCCAGAAAAGGUAUAUUGCAAUUUCAGUGUUAAGGCUGUUAAUGUUUUGUAUUUUACUGUGGACUGUUUUUUCCCCAAACAGCCUGACAAUGUCUAUAAAUGUCGACCUUUUUAAGUUUGCAAAUGUGUUGUGUUGCGAGGAAACGUACACACUGUAUUAGCUUUAGCGAUGUAACGCUAAACCUCUGCGGAAUUGUUAUGUUGUGAUUGUGAGGAUGUGUAAAUUCGGACUGAAUCCACGAGUGACAACAUUUUCGGCUUUGCUUCAAAAUCUCAACCCCCCGCUCCCCCGAGCUCUCUCACUCAAUUCGUCAGUUGUACGAGGCCACCGUCAACUGGCUCACCACGCGGCUCGUGACGUGCAACAACCUUUAAGCGUGAAUGCUGGUACACAGGAUGGCCUUGCAAAACAAAUGGUACAGUCGAAAGCCUUUGUACAUUUUGUAAAUCGCAACCUCAGUGGAACCAGAAAUUUGACGUCAAAGCUUUUUUGUUGGUAAUAAACUCCUGCCUUUUCCCUGCA